AUGUACUCGGCGAAUCAGGAAGACACGCUGCGGCAGGAGGCUUUGGACACCGCGCGGGGUUACUCGACCAUCAUGUCCUCCUUCGACUAUCAGAACCUCGAUGCCAACAAAGACAGCAUCGCCUCGAUGUCGACCGACGAGUUUGCCGGCACCUACCGAACGAUGGUCGAUUCACUGCGCGAAGUCGUCGCCGGGGGGCAAGGCCAGGCGAGCGCAACGGCGACAGACGUCGGCAUCGAAUCGCUGGACAAUUCGUCGGCCAAGGUGCUCGUGUUCGUCGACCAACAAGCGAAGAAUGUCGCAGCGCCAGAGGGAAACACGCAGAAGUACCGCAUGGUCGUGUCCCUGGUCCGCUCGGACGACCGGUGGCUCGUGAGCAACGUCGAGACCAAG